AUGAAUAAAAAAAGUUCUACUGAAUUAGAAAAGUACAUCAAUCAAACUUACAACAGCAGAAGAGUACAAAGCCUAGUUAAAGAUGGACAGACUAGUGAGGCUGAAAAAUUCCACAUAAAAGACUUUGGAAAGAUAGUAUUCGCCGUAAAUGGCCGUGAAUCACAAUAUGUGCGCAUCCCAUUCGUUCUAUCCGAACAGCAGAAAAAAUUUGCAUCCACACUAUCAUCAUCACAAAAACUGACAAAUGACCAGAAUCCGGUAAUUGCUUUGCGCGCUGAAAUCGAACAUCAAAUCAAAGAAACAUUUAAAAUACCUAUCAUACAAAUAUUGGCUAAUGACGAUGCUUCAUCAGUCAUGACAGUAUGUAAUGCUCUCAGACACGGCACACCUAUCAUUUUGAUUGAGGGCACUGGUCAAGUUGCGAAUGAGUUUGCUAAGUGGUACAGACAUCUCUACGGCUGCCAUUUGAUGAAUCCUCAAGUGUAUCGUUCAGACGCUAUCUACGCAGAAGCUCGAAGAAGCACAUUCGAAAUAUUGUAA